GGAAGCGGUCACAACCGAAACGGCGAUCCAAGAAAGCGUCGGCAAUCCGGGAACGAUGAAAAACGAAAGAUUUACUCAUUAACAAUGAAGCCCUGUAUCAUUCAAGAUUGCUCACCUCCAUCCAGCACCUAACAGCAUUCUUCCUGUUCACCGUAUUGUCACCCACCUUACUGGGUUAGUUAAAAACCACCACCAUCAGAGAAGGAUUUACUUUGGAUUUACCAACCCACUUCACUGUGGUUCAGAAGCAUCAUGACCUGCAGGGAUCGCACCCUCGAGUUUCAGUCUGCCUGCAAGUCACUUCAGGGGAGACAGAUACAGAAUGGUAUGCUGGCAAAACCCAACCAUAAUGCCCUCAAACAGCGGAGUGACUUUACACUCAUGGCAAAGAGAAUUGGAAAGGAUUUGAGUAACACUUUUGCAAAACUGGAAAAGCUCACAAUUUUGGCCAAAAAGAAAUCUCUAUUUGAUGACAAAUCUGUAGAGAUUGAAGAGUUAACAUACAUUGUCAAACAGGACAUCAGCAGUUUAAAUAAACAGAUAGCACAGCUGCAAGAUCUUGUGAGAUCUCGCAGUGGACAGAAUGGUCGCCACAUUCAAACACAUUCCAACACAAUUGUUGUCUCUCUUCAGUCAAAGCUGGCGUCGAUGUCUAAUGAUUUUAAGUCAGUGUUGGAAGUAAGAACUGAGAAUCUAAAGCAGCAGCGCAGCAGGAGGGAGCAUUUCUCACAGGCUCCAGUCUCUGCCUCCCCUCUUCUUGCCAACAAUUUCAGUAGCUCAGUAUUGAUGCAGGAUGAAUCUAGAAGCCUGGGUGGAGACGUGGCCAUUGACAUGGACUCAAGAGCCAAUCCUCUCCAGCUGCAGCUUAUUGAUGAACAGGACUCUUACAUCCAAAGUCGGGCAGAUACCAUGCAGAACAUUGAAAGCACCAUUGUUGAGCUGGGCUCCAUCUUCCAGCAGCUGGCGCAUAUGGUCAAAGAACAGGAGGAGACCGUUCAGAGGAUCGAUUCCAAUGUGGAGGACACACAGCUGAACGUGGAAAUGGCUCACACUGAGAUUCUUAAAUACUUUCAGUCUGUCUCCUCAAACCGCUGGCUCAUGAUUAAGAUAUUCCUUGUACUUGUUGUUUUCUUCAUCAUCUUUGUGGUCUUCCUUGCUUGAAAGAGGACAACAAAGAGGAAGAGAAAUUAAAUAAGUGAGUCGAAGGAGAGGGAUGUGUGGAGAAGCAAUGGAGCAUACUGGGCGAUGUGCAACAAAAGAAACAAAUGAAACUGGAAAACAGUAAUUCUGCCAUAUAGGACAAAGGUGGAUGAACUGUAACACUUUUGGGUUGUAUGCUUUUUACUGGGAAUGACCGGUUAGUGAAAUUGUACAGAAAACAUGCACGGUUAAUCUUCCUCUUGAAAAGACCAUGAUAACAAAGAAAUGAACCCGUCAUGCUCUAUUAAAAGUGGGAGAAUUGUAGUCUUAUUCCAAGUACGUCCUCUGUCCUUACCUUUACACAUCAACAUUGUAAACCCUGAGCCUUCACGUUUUCAGACUUAUUUUGGGAAGGCUUAUUUUGUGAAUGGUUUGAUUCUGCAAACUGGUUUAGUUUUCUUUUGACUGAGUUCAUUGUAAUCAGUUCUAACAUAAGUAUGUUGUAAACAGCUUUUACUCUAAGUUAAUAUGACAGCUUGUACAGUUCUUAUGAUAAACUUUCCAUCUAACAUUCA